AUGUCGCGUGCGGAAGAAAUACAAUCUCUCGGAAAGGUCCUCGUUGUUGGCGGGUGCGGCUUCCUAGGCAGUCAUAUUGUCAGCUUCAUUGUGAAGCGUCACCCACAAACACAGAUUGCAGUCCUUGAUUUGCGGACCACCUCAAAUCGCCAUGCCAGUCCGACCGUCUCCUACCACGAUGGCGACAUCACCGAUGCUGCUGCAAUGAAGACUCUGUUUUCCCAGGUCAAGCCCCACGCGGUCAUUCACACAGCCUCUCCACACUUCGACCUGAAGCCUGAGAUCCACGACAAGGUCAAUGUUGGAGGAACUAAGGUCUUGCUGCAAGCGGCGCAAGAAGCUGGAGUCAAGGCCUUUGUCUACACAAGUUCAGCAAGUGUGAUUCUCGACCCUACGACAGAGCUCAUCAAUGCGGACGAAAGGUGGCCUCUUGUCACUGGUGCUGACCAGCCCGAAUACUACACCACUACUAAAGCCUAUGCAGAGACCGCCGUGCUCCAAGCGAACCGCAACCCCGAAAACUUCCUGACCUGCGCUAUCCGUCCUGCGGGCAUCUUCGGCGAGGGCGAUGUUCAAUUGCUUCCCAAGAUGGUCGCCGCGUGCCGCAAAGGACAAACCAAGUUCCAGGUCGGCGACAACACAAACUUGUUCGACUUUACAUAUGUCGAGAAUGUCGCCCAUGGUCAUAUCCUCGCUGUUUUAGCUCUCCUUCAUACCCACAAAGUUCUACCCACUAUCCCUCUGGACACAGAGCGUGUGGAUGGUGAGGCCUUCUUCAUCACCAAUGGCCAGCCUGUUUACUUUUGGGACUUUGCGCGCAAAGUCUGGCAUGAGGCAGGUGACCGCGUGCCCUUGAGCAGCGUCUGGCAUCUUAGCGCUGACUUUGCAUGGGCCAUUGGUGCGGUCUUGGAGAAUGUGUUCUGGCUCAUGGGCAAGAAACCAAACCUGACCCGGGCUCAAGUAAAGUACAGCAGCAUGUCCAAAUAUCACAGCAUUAACAAGGCAAAGCAGCGACUGGGCUAUGAGCCGCUUGUUGAUCUUGACGAGGGUAUCAAGAGAGGUGUGCAAUACAUUUUGGAGCAGGAAAGGAAAGCAGAAGAGAAGAAGGGGCAGUAG